CCCGAUUCAUCGUAGAAGCUGUAAUUGUAUCACUGGGCUCUGAAGCCAGAAUUUCGGACGAUAUCGACGAAAUAUACUAUGACAGAUUUCGACAGCAACCCAUUUGCUGAUCCCGAGGCCGCCAAUCCUUUUCAGGAUCCCUCGGUGCAGCAAGCAACCAGUAAUUCCUCCAGGGGACUGGAGGAGUUCAACCCCUUUGAGGAACGCAAUACACAGACCAAUUCCAAGACAACCCCCGUCGUAUCCCUACCCACAGAGCCAGCUGUCAUGAAGCCCACAACGGACCAGCCGCCACCACCCCCAUACUCCGUAUCUGCAGCACAACCGGCCCCGCCUCCAGGCCAGGAAGACAUCUUGAGACGACAGGAGGAGCUCGAGAGGAAAGCAGCUGAACUGCAGAGGCGGGAACAGCAGAUGCAAGCCACACAGUACAAUACUCGGGUCAACAACUGGCCACCGCUGCCUAGUUUUUGCCCAGUCAAGCCGUGCUUCUACCAAGACUUCUCGGUGGACAUUCCGUUGGAGUUCCAGCGCACCGUCAAAAUGGGCUAUUUCAUCUGGAUCCUGUACGUCCUCUUCCUGUUCCUCAACUUGAUCGUCUCACUGUCGUACUUGGCCGUUGGCAGCGGCGGAAAUAGCGGCAUUACAUUCGGCUUGUCCAUUCUCUUCUUUGUCCUGUGGACGCCGUGUUCAUUCAUCUGCUGGUAUCGGCCGAUGUACAAGGCCUUUAGGAGUGAUAGUUCCUUCAAUUUCUUCAUGUUCUUUUUCAUCUUCGCUGCGCAGUUCCUCUGCACAGUUGUGCAAGCGAUAGGAGUAGACCAGUGGGGAUCCAGUGGUUGGAUUAACGGGUUAGAAGUCAUCGGUGCGGCCACAACACCAGGUCACACGGCUGUCGGCGUUAUGAUGCUAAUCAUGGGCCUGCUGUUCUCGCUACUCGCCGUCUUAAUGGUCUUUUAUAUAAAAAAGGUACACUCCUUGUACCGUCGCACAGGCGCCAGCUUUGAGAAGGCCCAACAGGAGUUUGCCCAUGGCGUGGUGACCAACCCGUCCGUGCAGAACGCAGCCCGGGACGCUGGCAAGGCUGCAGCUACAGGUGCAGCAGACGCGGCCGUUAGCGGGGCCAUGAGCUCGGUGUCGCAGCAAAACAACAGGAUGUAAAGUGGCACCACGGCAGGCUUCCCGUCUUCACAUAAAACCCUGUUCUAAAAGUCAUGUGAUUACUGUCAGGCGAUCUCAACCUAAAGGACAAAAUCCUAAAUGAAAUUAGCUCCCCGCCCUAAACGUUGGAGAACCUAAACACUAUUUAAAAAGUUGCUCUUCAAUACCAUUGACUCAAGUCUCAUUAUUAUCUCAACAAUAAGUACACAUUGUGUAAGAAAUGUUUCCCAGAAAGCAAAAAUUUGUAUUCGUAAUUGUAAAAAAAAUCAAACAAGAAAUGUGUACUCGGUGUUGUCUGAGGACUAGUGAGAACACACUUUAUAUACUUACAUUAAAUUGACAUCUUCUCGAUAUAAAUAUUCCAUCAUACAAUUAAGUAGAGAGAUUGCCCCUGGUUUAUUCUAUUUUUUUUUUCACUUUCUUGCCCGACCUAUGCCCAAAUUUUAACGAAUUAAACUUAACUUUUCCAUGUCAAGCUUGGUUUGUAGAAUCACGCAGGGUUUCCUUAAGGAGGCUGGAAGUUCUGCCCAAGGUGUGGACAGUAGAUAUACAUAUACCUAUUGUUAUUCAUUGUACAGGUGGUUAAAUGAUUGCCCAUGUGAUAGUCACGUGGUUGUCCAUGUGAAGAUAACGUGAUAGACUAUGAAGCUUUUAUCGUCCGUGUCCAAGAUGCUUAAAUAUAACAAAAGAUUACAAAAAUUUAGCAUUUUCUUUUUCUAAUUCCAUGUAUAGUUUAUGAGAUUUGCAAUUAAAUAUCUAUUUCUGAAGAAUGUUUCGCUUGCUAAAAAUCUUAUUUCUUUUAUUUUCUUUCCAAAAAUAAAGGUCGCCUUUUUGGUGGCAUUAGAAUUGCUAAGCGAAAGACUGAAUAAUUCUUAGCCAAGUUGGAUUUUGUUGGCAAUGUGAAUUGAUAGCUCUAAUUGAUUUAUUAGUAAAGACAGCAUAAUCUGCAGUACUAAGAUUUUUCACAGUGGCCUGAAAAAAAAAAUGUUUUCAGGAACAAACUUUGUUUGCCCUAUACAUAGUAUUUGUAGAGAAGUUAUAAAAAAGGUGUGCAUAAUAUAAACUUUGCCAUACCAAAUUACCGUGGUAAAAGCGUAGGUGUUGAAUGUACAGUAUGUGGCCAUGUCUGGAUACCAGCUAAGCCUGGUAACUGUCUUUCCAAAGUGGCAAUUUUAUAUACUGGUAUCCUGUUGAGUCAUGAGUACCAGUUAAACGCAGCUUCUCAAGUAAAUUGUAUGUAAUUGCACGAAAUGUAUGUCUUUAUAAAAAUGUACCUGGGGUAACCAUAGGGAAUGUUAUUUCAAACCGUUCAAGGUAGAUUUAACAGAAGUAAACGCAUGCUUCUCUGUCCCAUAAUCUAUAACUUAUUAUAAGGGAGCAAGAGAAUGUUAACGAUAAACAGAGCACGAUUCCGUUUGCAAAUGUGUACAUACCAGUUCAUCAUAAAUACAAUAAAAGACAAAAUCAGCGUGUGUAUAUAAAUAAUGAAAUUGGUGUAGUUUGGUCGGCUAAUAAUCUCGAAAGUAAAUCAAAGUUUAGUGGUAUCUGAGAGCAAUAGAACAUUGGAAAUGUAUAAACCUAAGCCCUGUUACCUGGUAAAUGUCCAGGCAUGAGUUAUCCAUACCUAUAGAUACAUGUAAUCAUAGUCAUAGUCAAUGUUUGUAAUGUUAUAAAUAUACAAAACACCCCAAACAUUCUGUGUACAUUCCAUCAGCAAUUGCCGCAGUGAGAUCGUUUUCUCAGUUGCUUAUAAAAAUCUUCAGUUCAUGGAAAUAGAUAGUUUGCAUUUUGCUUUGUUUUACUAAAGACGACGCACAUUGGACAUUGAUGUUUGAAUAUAGCCUGCGUUUUGUUGGUACCUUUUUGAUAUAAAAUAUGUAUUCUGAGGAUGACUAUAUAUGGAUGAUCUUUAAUAAACAAAUUUAAAAAAAAAAACAGAAAGAUUGGUAGAAGACAAACAUGGCGUAGGAGAUCAUGAGACAUUUCGAAAUAUUCUCGUAUUUAUAUUGGGGGGGGGGAGUGGAUUAAGGAAACUUUAGGUAAAUCCACAAUUGGAAUAUGACUGUUUGACUGUGAUAGACCGAAAUUCGGAAAGGCAAAGGUAAAACCCUUCCCUGUUUCGAAGGCAGAGACAAAGUUGGCCGGAAUCUGGGCAUUGUAAUCCAUGUUGUUAGGGGAACCAGCUUAUGUCUUAGUCUAGUAUGUACACAAUCACAAUACAUAUAGAGUAUGAAUCCUGUAAUGUGAAAGUCUGCUAAAAGCUUUAUUACAGUUGUACAAGCAAUAAUCGGUCUUAUUUAAUAUCACAUUUUGUUUUUAAAUAUAACGUGCACAGCAUUAGGCUAAGUCCGUGAAAGUCGUCGGAAAUAAAUUCAGUAAUCAAAAGUUUUAAAACAAAAUACGUGAAAAGUCCAUGGGGUUUUUUUUUCAGUUAAAAUGUGUAAAAUGUGCAUGCCAUCAGUCAGAAAAUACAGACCAUGUUACAUUUGUUUAGAAAUUGGACGUUGUUGACACGUGAUUCCAACUUUCAGCAAAGUGUUCUCUCCUACAGUAUCUCAUGAAACAUAAUGGGUGUAAAAGUGUUGCCAUAAAUUGUUUAAUGUGGGCAAAAUAACAUGUAAAUGAUGCUUAAAUGUUUGGAUUGCCCGGCGGUAUGACGUCACACAGCACAUGGUAUGUACCUGACGUCAUGUUUACGAGACGAGUAGUAUUUUUUUUUCUAAUACAUGACACACAGAACUCAAAAUGACGCUUUAAUUGUGAUUUUUGACAAAACGUUAUUGUGGAUGGUAUAACGAAAGAUAGUUAUUUCAUAUUGGUACGAACAUUGUCUUGGAUUUCCCCAGUUCUUAAUAGCCUGAAAAUACCAUGAAGUGACAGAAAAAAAUACCUUUGAAUGUUUAUGUACGACAUGUAAUAUGAUAUUUGCUUUGCGUUUGCUUUUCUUUGCACGAUACAUACAUUUAAAGGCAUUGUGUCCGUAUUUUCCUUUUAUUUGUAUUCCAUAAUGUACGGAAUAUCGCGUUUGGUGUACAUGUCCAAUUUUAUAUGAAUGUGAUAUAAAAAUGAGAUACAUCUGCUGUAUCAUUAAAUCCGCUCGCUGAAAAUGUGAAAUAAAUUUGUAGAAUACUAGUAUAGCCUGCAGACAUUAAAAAUGCUGUAGAGUGUUUACUGUUGACAUGUCGAUGGUUAGAUUCACGUCAUGUACUGAAUAUGAAAGAAAGAAAACUACCCACGACUUUGAUAUAAAUUAUAAUAAGAUAUAGUUCAGAGUAUUGAGUUUUGUCUUCGAUCUGUGCAUACCACAUAAAAAGUUCAGUUAUUUCGCGUUCAGGUAAAAAGAGUUUGGUGUAUAUAUAAUUUCGUCGGUAUAAAAAUAAGAGUUCAAAGCGCAAUGAUUUGGAGGUGCAAGUUGGACAUUUUUAAAGUCUUGGUGGCAGCAGAGACGCGAUUCUUAAUCGGACUUUGAAAACAUUUAGUCACUGGAUGCAAAAUCUUAAUGGGGUAUGUAAUAAAAAAAAAGCAUGCGCAGUAAAUUGUACUUACAAGAUAUUGUAAAGAAUUAUUAUGCCUAGGCAAUAUUGUGAAAUGUCCAUAUAACAAUCUGUUAUUAACACAAACUUUGGUGGGCGACUUUCUUCAUCUGUCAAGACGAAUUCUAAUUGGGCACCACAGGGUUCAUGUUCAGGGUUCACCGACUGACAAUAAUAGGUCAGGUCGCUUUAGGAGAAAAAUAUAUGAAUAUUAAAAUCUCAUUUGAUUGAAAACCCGACGUUUCGGGCUGGGGUAAAUAUUUUUGUGUAAAUAACUAUAGGCAUCUACCGAAUACCUACUUGUGAUUUUGUGUCCAUAGAAUUUGUUUUAAGAAGGUGUCAUUUGAAUGUAUUAAAUUAAUUGUAAAAAAUGACAAGUGAAAUAUUUAUAAAAUGAGACAACUGCAUGUUUGUGAUUGUGUCUUAUCUGCCAAAGGUAGGCCUAUAAUUGGCAGACGUAAAGCAUCGGUUGAUAUAGGUUCGCAGAUGGUCUUUUCUACUCUGUUUAUUCUUAAUCAAUAGCUGUAGGCCUAUACAAUUGGUACCCUACAUAAAGCUUUCGUUUUUUGAAAACCAGUUAGUGGUAAGUCUAAACGAAAUGGAUUUUUCUUUCGGAAACAGUUGUAUCUGUUUCUUGGUAUUAUGAAUAACACCCGAAUUGAAUCAAAUGAAA